AUGAGUUCGAUUGGUGUGACUUCUGAGCCCGCGGAUGAAUGGGAAUUCUUCCGCUUGUGUCCGAUAUGCCGAAAAGCGUUCGUGAAAGACAACUCCUUUAGGCGACACCUCUCGUACUGUCGUAGGGCUCAGUUCAAGCGGAAGGGCCGACCGAAGCCAUGCGAUGGCUGUGCGUUGGCUAAGACUAAAUGCAGCCUGGAUGAGCCGACUUGUCAAAGAUGUCGGUCAAAGGAUCUGCCAUGUGUAUACGGAGCAAAGCUUUUGGAAGGACUGUUUCCAAAUCCCGAUUUGCAAAAUGGAAUACCAUUUGGAGAUCUGAGCACCCUGAAUUUUGAGCAAUCACCAACCGCUGGAGACCCGGCGGCGAAUUUGACCGGGACUUUAGAUCCGCUGCCAGAACUUAAUGGUCAUCCAACACUCUCACAAAGCAGCGGGCCCUUGACUUCCUUUCACAUUUCAAAUGGACAAGAAAGCGUGGCGGAACUGACAAACGCCACCUCUGAGAGCCUCCAGAGCUUAGAAGUCUUACCUCUUGAUGAAGCUGCACUUGCUCAGUUGACCGAGGCAGUCGACGAGCCAGCAACUCUCACAGCACUGAAGCAACCCAGCCCGGAAGCAGAAGCCAGUGCCACCAUCGUAAUGUACUGUAUCCGCUCAUACCCUCAGAUGAUGCUCCGUCGACAGACCUUCCCACCGUUCAUUCACCCUCAUUGGCACACGGAAAAGCUACCUGAGAACCUGAUUAACUGCAUGAGUAUUGCGCAGCUAUUCGUUACCCGAACACCGGAGAAUAGCCCCUUCUUGUGGCGAACUAUAAACAACGAAGUGAGCCGAUUCAAGAAUGAGGCCAAUGAAAUGGAUGUAAAAGCGGUUCAGACAGCAGCGCAGGCCACAUUGAUCUAUUUGAUUAUGUUGGCCGUAGACGAGGCCGAAGACAUGUCGACCCAGGGUGCUCGAUUAUUGGAAGUGUUUCAGAUCCUGUCCUUUCGCACAAGAGACCUCUGUGGCGGAGUCUUCUUGGCCCCUCCUGAAUGCACAUAUCCCAGUCCUAGUUGGGAAGAGUGGAUAUUUGCGGAAUCAAGAAGACGAAUUAACUGCUUCUAUUUCGCCAUCCGGGAAGUCAUACAGGCAAAAGCAGAGAUGCCUUGCGUGCCCCCUGGUGCACAUCGUGAAGUGGCACUUUGUUCCGCCAAAACAAUGUGGGAAGCAAGAUCACGCGAGGAGUGGGAGGAAGAGAGGGCUAUUCAGAACAUGGGACGAUUGCACAUCGAUCUUUGGAGUCUUGGAUCGCUUCUGGAUGCUCAGCAGCACCCAGAGCAUCCGAUGUAUGCGCAACUACUUGAGAUUUGGGGAGCCAAUACGGAUAAAAUGGGGGUGCUUAUGAGUGUGGUGGCAGUUAUCAUUAACCAACAGAAAAUGCAAUCAGUGGAGGAAAUUGACAUCUAG